AUGGCCGACAGCGGCGAGCCCCCGCAGAUCACAGCGCUUCGUACGAAUCUCACUUCCAUCACUGACACGGUGACGGUCGGAGGCAAUCUACAAUGGUUUGCCAACCGCCUCGUGGAGAGAGAGUUCAUUCCCAGGAGAGUGGCACAAGAAAUACUCGACGUUACCGGAGCCACGCCCGCAAAAAAGGCUGGCCAGCUCAUGGACAGCGUGUUUGCUGUAUUGCGAAUUACAAAUGAGAAGAGACGCUGGUUUGACGAGUUCGUCUCAAUUUUUUCUACCGACAAAGCGUACGCUGAGCUUGUGGCAAAAUUAAAACAUCACUUCAACGACAAAGGAGCUGAACAACAUCUUCCCAACCAGCCAGCGGACUCGCUGCCAGCGACCAACUCAAAUUUGCGACCUGCUGGGGUGCUUACUUCUCAGCCUACUGCUUCUUCUCCACUCCCUACAAAACCGUUAUUGCAUUCAUUAACCAAUAGCUUUAUGCAGUGGUUCGAUUUCACCUCCACUCCAGAAGGUGAGAGUAGUGAGGUUACUCCUGCUCCCCCCACUCCACCAGCCACUCCACCAGCCACUGGUUCCGAGGAGUCUCCUGCCCCACCAUCCUCCACCACAUCCUCUUCACCUCCCGUCCCACCUCCACCCUCCCCUCAUCACUCUUCAUUCUGGAGUCUGGAGCAAGUCAAAGUCUCCUUGGAAAACCUUGAAGAGAUGUUUGGCAACCUACACGCAGAUGCUGAUACAGAGCUUAGUGAAAAAGAAACGCAAGAUGAAAUGUUUUUUAAAAGGUUUCGUAGUCGGCUUCUACUCCUGCCUGUCCGCAAAGCGACCCUCCAUGUAAAGUUUUUCACUGCCAAUGAAGACGAGAUUCUGGGUUCCAAAAAUAGUACAAAAAUUCUAGCCAUUCUCUGCCGUUUUGUCGAUUACCGUAACUUCGAGAUUCUAUAUUACGUCGUCCUAAAAUUCUGCGGCACUUCACUUCAACAAAGCAUGAAAGAUUAUUGCAAAAUGCUCGAAGAAUUUGAAACUGCAACAACAGUAGAUGUGUACCUCAAUGCCAUUCCUAAUGAAGCAGAUGAAGAACUGCUCAAUGGUUUCUCUGAAAUGGUCGUGAAGAUUGACAAGCCUGAAUCGCAGUGCACUCUGCUCGAAGUCCGAAAGCUGAACAAAGCUAUAAUCAAGGAGUCAACUCUCUGCUCUCACAGCGUCUACAUUGGAGCAGUGUCCAGAAACUGUGUGGUGGUUAGGUUUAGGUUUCCUUCCAGUGCAGUGGGCUGGGUGCUAGCAGCCAUCACUCCAGACUUCAUGACC